AUGAACUAUCAACCUUCAAGGAGAGACCCUCUUUGUGACCAAGGGGAUCAGAACUGCACUGAGGCCUUCAGCGAGUCUCUGGCUGCUCGGACCUACAUGCCUCAGGGGCCCGUGCUGAGCGACACUGUGCCGGGGCGAGCGUUCCCCACCGUGGACGUGCCGGACCACGCGCACUACAUCAUCGGCACGGUCAUCCUGCUGGUGGGCAUCACCGGGGUGCUGGGCAACGCGCUCGUCAUCUUCGUGUUCUGCCGGAGCCGGAGCCUGCGCACGCCGGGCAACAUGUUCGUGGUGAACCUGGCGGUGGCCGACCUGCUCAUGUCCAUGACGCAGUCGCCCGUCUUCUUCGCCGCCAGCAUGCACCGGCGCUGGGUGUUCGGCGAGCGCGCCUGCGAGCUGUACGCCUUCUGCGGCGCGCUCUUCGGCAUCUGCUCCAUGAUGACGCUGACCGCCAUCGCCGCCGACCGGUGCCUGGCCAUCACGCAGCCGCUGGUGUUUCUGGGUCAGGUCAGCCGCAAGCGCGUGGGCAUGGUGCUGGUGUUCGUGUGGCUGUAUUCCCUCGGCUGGAGUUUGCCCCCCUUUUUCGGCUGGAGCGCGUACGUCCCCGAGGGCCUUCAGACGUCCUGCUCCUGGGACUACAUGACCUUUACCAGCUCCGUGAGAGCCUACACCAUCCUCCUCUUCACGUUCGUCUUCUUCAUCCCGCUGGGCGUCAUAGGUGGCUGCUACUUGUCUAUUUUCCGGGCGAUCCGAGUGGCAGGGAAGGAAAUGAAGGCGAUCAACUGUGGCCAAUCGCAUAAAGUCUUUGAGCGCAUGAAGUGUGAAUGGAAGAUGGCCAAGGUGGCCCUGCUGGUCAUCUUGCUCUUUGUCGUCUCCUGGUCGCCGUACUCGGCGGUCGCCCUGACGGCCACCGCUGGCUACUCGCACCUGCUCACCCCCUACAUGAACUCGGUGCCCGCGGUGAUCGCCAAGGCCUCGGCCAUCCACAACCCCAUCAUCUACGCCAUCACGCACCCCAAGUACCGCCUGGCCAUCGCCCGGCACAUCCCGCUGCUGCGGGUGAUCCUGUGCAUAGGGGAGAAGGACAUCCGCUCGUCCUUCAGCUCCAGCAGUGGCAUCUCCUCGCGCCGGCCCACCCUCAGCAGCCAGGCCAGCGGCCGCUGGGGGAAGACCCGCCUCUCCUCGGCCUCCGACACCGACUCCUGCUGGACGGAGAGCGAGGCCGACGCUUCCAGCGUCAGCUCCGUCACCGAUGCCCGGCGCGUCUCUACGGAGAUAUCCCCGGAUACGGCGGUCCUGCCUCAGCAGCUGGUUGCAGACACAGCCCUGGGGCAGAAAGCCAUGGCAGCUGAGAGAGUAAACAACCUGUCUGUGAAUGCGGCCGGAGCUGGCAUGCCAGAUAGUGUAGAGAGCUCUGCUGCAUCUGAUGGCAAAGCAUUCCUGCUUUCUGGUGACUAA